CUCGAAAAGCAUUUCAUCCUGAAUUCACACCUCCAGCAAAUAAGCACCACAAGAAAUGUCAUCCAAGCGCAGUGUCCUCAUCACCGGCUGCUCCGACGGCAGUCUCGGAUCCGCCCUCGCGCUCCAAUUCCACCAAGCGGGCUGGCGCGUGUUCGCCACGGCCCGCAACCCCGCGAAGCUCAAGGAGGCCGAGAAGGCGGGCAUUGAGACCGUGCUGCUGGACACUCUGUCGGACGAGUCGAUCCGCGCCUGCGUCGCCCGCGUCCAGGAGCUGACGGGCGGGUCGCUGGACGCGCUGAUCAACAACGCGGGCGGCGGGUACUCGAUGCCCGUCAUGGACAUCGAGAUCCCGAUCGCGCGGGACUUGUUCGAGCUCAACGUCUGGUCGCUGAUCAGCGUCGCCCAGGCCUUCCUCCCUUUACUCCUGGAGUCGGCCCGGACCGGUGGCCCCGGCCGCGGCCCGACCUUGCUCGUCAACCACACCUCCAUCUCCGGGACCAUCGGCGCCACCGGGCCUUUCGCGGGGGCCUACAACGCCUCCAAGGCCGCUGCCUCCAGCUUCACCGAGACCCUGCGGCUCGAGCUCGAGCCCUUCGGCAUCAAGGUGAUCAACCUCGUCACCGGCGCGGUCCAGUCCACCUUCCAUGAUAAGGCGCCGCACCCGACUCUGCCUGCUUCUUCCCUGUACAAUGUCGCCAAGGAGACCGUGGAGGGCGCCUUGACCAAUACCGAUCCCGAGAAUGAUACCCCCGCCGCGGCGUGGGCGAAGCAGGUGGUCCGCGACCUCAGUAAGCGCACUCCGCCGUAUUGGAUCUGGCGCGGCAAGCUCGCCAAGAUGGCCCGGAUCGCGGGCCUCCUGCCGCUGGGGUUCUUCGAUGGGACGAUGAAGAAUUGGGUUGGCUUGGAUGUGGUGGAGCAGCGGUGGAAGGAGCAGGUGAAGGCGUCAUCUUGAGAUGGUGAAGGUGUCCUGUGUAAAGGAUUGGUAUAUAAUGCACGCCUGUGCCUAGUAAGAAACUGAAGGUGUUGGUUGUACGGAGUUCUCUGGUGGUUUAGUCUUUGAUCUUUGGCAUAAGAGCCGGGAGGGAAUUUUGUGAUCAGUGGUAUCUUGUUCAUUCGUUGCUGCCUGUUACCGUGCUGUGUUUGUCUUUCCUG